UUUCCUGGCCGGUGCCAUUUGGUUUCCGUUACUACUCUAAAGAAAUUUAAAAUCAAUUCUUUACCGUUCAUUUCUUAAUCCUCUGCAUUAACAGCCAUUUUUGAACCGCAAAACCCUAACUUUACGCCUCAAAUCCUCUCUUAACCAAAUUCUCUCUCUCUCUACAAGAUAAUCCCAUCCACUUCUGACACACAUAAUAAGACAUUGUCUCUCUCUCUAUACAUAUAUAUACACAUACACACACGAUAUAUCGUUUCAUCUUUCUUUCUAAAAUUGUUGAAUUCGUUUUCGAUGUGGUUGUUUGAAGUUUUCAAGUUUUGAUUUUUAUGUGAAGAAGAGUAAUUGGAAUUUGAGAGAGAAUGGCGAUGAAUAUAGGGAUGAUGGACAGUGCGUACUUUGUUGGGAGGGGUGAGAUUCUCUCUUGGAUCAAUGCCAGGCUUCAGCUUAAUCUAUCUCGUAUUGAGGAGGCUGCAUCCGGUGCUGUGCAAUGUCAAGUUAUGGACAUGACCUAUCCAGGAGUUGUUCCCAUGCACAAGGUGAAUUUUGAUGCAAAAACGGAAUAUGAUAUGAUCCAAAACUACAAGGUGCUGCAGGAAGUUUUUAACAAACUAAAAAUUGACAAGCAUAUUGAAGUCAACAAACUUGUUAAGGGUAGACCUUUGGACAACUUGGAAUUUCUACAGUGGUUGAAACGCUACUGUGAUUCUGUAAAUGGUGGCAUCAUGAAUGAGAAUUAUAAUCCCGUGGAGCGCAGAAGUAAGAGCGGUAAGGAACGAAAUCCCAGGGGUUCUUAUAAGAACUCAAAGUCACUGCAAGCAAACAAUUCGCAUAACCCUGGCUCUGGUGAUGGAAUGGGCGUUAAUAAAACUUCUGGAAUCAAACAAGGUAAAACAGGUGCGGCAGCAAUUGAGGCUAACAAUUUGGGGGAGAUUCAGGCCUUGUCCAAGGAGGUAACAGAUCUCAAGCUCUCUGUGGACCUCUUGGAAAAAGAAAGAGAUUUCUAUUUUGCAAAGUUGCGGGAUAUUGAAAUACUUUGUCAGACUCCUAAACUAGAGAAUCUCCCUAUGGCUGUGGCUGUUAAGAAGAUAUUAUAUGCUGUUGAUGAAAAGGAGUCGGCCCUUGCAGAGGCACAAGAAAUUUUAUGUGAAUCCAUGAAUGGUGCUGAAACUGAUGUGGAUAAUGAUGACCCCUGAUUAGUAACCGAAAAUAGCAAAGUUGUUUCAUGCCUGUAAAGGUAGCAGUCUUGCUAGCAAUUCCAUUUGUUACUUUAGCACAGUGAUCUUAGAUCACUUCCCACAUCUUUUGGUGAAGAACUAUAGACUUUCUUCCUUGUAUCUGCCGGAUGUAAUGACUGCACUAUUCUGAAUUGUAAAAACACUUCCGUGACGUGUUUGUUCUUCGUAAACUCAAAUAUAGACUAAGAAACUCAAGACAUACUUCUC